CUUAUGAUGGCCGUCAACAUGGAGAUUGCCCAAGUGAACCUGCAUCAUGCGGCGGCAGCCUCAGCUGUCAUAACAAGCAGGUUCACUGCGGAAAAACUGGGCACGCUGCUGAUCCAAGAGCCUUGGAUCCAUAAAGGAGAGGUAAAGGGCCUCAAGACGGAGGCAAACAAGGUAAUCUGGGACCUCUCAAGCGAGAGGCCUAGGACGUGUAUAGUUGUCAGAAGCAAUAUUGAUUUCUUUUGCAUUUCAGAGUUUCUGACGCAAGACUUGGUGGCGGUGCAGGCUAGGGACAGUGAGGGCAAAGACUUCGUCCUAGCCUCAGCAUACUUUCCGGGAGAGGCAGCAACGGCACCCGCGGAGGCGGUGGAAAGGUUGGUGGAGCACUGUAGGCUGCACAAGCUCCCGCUUAUCAUCGGCUGCGAUGCGAACGCCCACCACACGGAAUGGGGCAGCACCGACUGCAACGCGAGAGGUGAGUCCCUUUUAGAAUAUCUAGUAGGUAGAAAUUUAGCGGUAGAGAAUGUAGGGUGCGAACCCACAUUCGUAACUAUAAGCAGGAGGGAGGUGCUGGACAUCACCCUCAGUAAUGAGCCGGCAACAGGGAUGGUCUCGCAGUGGAGAGUCUCAACGGAGCCCUCCCUGUCGGACCAUAGAAUUGUAAGGUUCGUGCUGAGGGCAGAGGUCAAGCUAUUCCCUCCUAGACGCAACCCUCGAAGGACCAACUGGGGUACCUUCAAGGAGAGGCUGGACGAUGAGUUAAGGAGGAAGGGGCAGACUGACAAUAGCGCCACAGAGGCCCAGGACACCGCUCCAUAUGUCACGAUCGGUCGCACAAUCAUGGUAUACAACCACCUGACAAUCCUAGGCUUGCAACCCCAGGAUUUACCUGCCAGCCGAUUGCACACCAUUAAAGCCUUUGUCGCCUUGACCAAGGUUUGGUCCACAUGCUGCUUCCACCGCAAAGUGGAAUCCAGAUGUGAGGUUUCUAAGCCCGGGUAG